UUGGUGCGAAUAUGUGCAAAUCGUACUUCAGCCGCUUUAGGGAAACUGGUGGCCCUGGCUGCACCAAGCGCUUUAUCCACACAAUGGACAUGUUCUUCAUUGCUGUGGCUAAGCAGGUGGACGACCACGCCAAUGAAUGUAGUACCCGACGAGACACGAGCACCUGCAAGCCUUGCUUUGCCCUUAUCGAAUACGCACUUCAGAUUGAUCUCCCUGACGAAGUAACAUCGCACUCGGUUAUCGUGGCUAUGGAGGAGGCAGCCAACGAUUAUAUUUGCUUCACCAAUGAUAUAGUCUCAUACAACAAGGAGCAAUCAACUGGUCACGACACACAUAAUGUAAUUACCGUGCUCAUGCAUGCACGCGGCCUGGACCUGCCAAAGUGCUGUGCCAUCCAGCGCUUUGAUGAUCACCAAGAUCUGGACAGGCAGGUGGCUAUGUACAUUGAAGGGCUGCAGAACUGCAUGGUCGGUGCGUUGCACUGGCACUUUGGCUCGUCGCGUUAUUCUGGGCAGGAUGGUCAUGCGGUCAAGCGGGACCAAAUCAUCAAGCUGCUUCCCAAAUGCCCCUUGUAGAGCCCACACCCGGUGCAUCGAUUCUCUAGGUGAGCUCAAAUAUUUCCUGCACUGCACGUUUCUAACUGCAACGAUAUGUAUAUUAGAAUGCUACGUCAUCUAUGGCUUACCAUAGAACUGAAACUUUUACCCUGGAUCCAUAACGCGCGUAUCAUGCUAUCUUCUUUGCUUUUAUAUUUGUGGUUCUAGGCUCUAGGCUGGCUCUCGCGCAGCGACUG